CAGUGACAAUUCCCCAUCCCCAGCCUUGAGUCCCAAAAAUGUCCGAACCAGCAACCCCAUCCGACCUCGCGGUCCCGGUCACGGUUACAGGCACGAAAGCCAUACGCGCUCUGCCGGCGACCACAGUGUGUGCGCUCGGCUCGGGGCAAGCACUGCCGGACCCGGUAGCGCUGAUCAAGGAGCUGAUUGAGAACUCGCUGGACGCAAAUGCGACGCAGGUAACGAUCGAAGUCUCGCCAAAUUUGCUCGACGUGGUCGUUGUCAGGGAUAAUGGCCUUGGAAUCGCGCCGCAGGAUCGCCAAGUCGUGUGUCUGCGCCACUUUACGAGCAAGAUCACUACGGUCGAGGACAUUGCGACUGUUGCUACGCUGGGGUUCCGUGGCGAAGCGCUGGCGAGUGCCGCCGAGUUGUCGAUGGCCAUGUCGUUCACGACGAGAGUUGAGGGGGAAAAGGUGGCCGAGAUCUACGAGGUUCGUAGAGGCGGGGCUGUCAAGGUUCGAAACAUCAGUGCGCCGAUCGGAACGACGGUACGCGUCGAAGGCUUCCUGAAACCGUUGCCGGUGAGAAGGGAGAAUAUGGCGCAGAAGAAACAGGCACUGCAAAAGAAAUUGAAGGACCUCGUGGCGAGGUACUACCUCUCGCGGCCCCUCUGCCGCUUCUCGCUGAAGAUACUGGCCAAAAGCGAUACGAAGAACCAUAUCGUGUAUGUCCCUACUAAGUCUGUACAUGAGGCUGUGCGACAAGUGGGGGGGAAAGACCUGGCGGCAGCGUGCGAAUGGCUGGUCAAGGUGAGAAACGGCAUCGCGGUGGAAGCGCUCCUUCCAAAGACUGGUUGCGAUUUCGCUGUUCUCGAGAAGGCAGGACAGUACAUCUAUGUCGACUCCCGACCCGUCUCUAACGUGCGAGGUGUAUUUUCGCAAAUAAUCAAGCUCUACAGAUCCCGAAUCAAAGCUAUAUCACCUCCAGACAACGCGCCCACUAGUCCCUUCCUCUAUCUGAACAUUCGAUGUCCGAAGGGGAUAUACGAUGCGAAUGUCGAGCCCGCGAAAGAUGACAUCCUUUUUGAUGCAUCAAAGUAUCCCGAUGUUGAAGCCGCACUGGAAGAGCUGUUGACAGAGAUAUACGGAGAACCGCCACCAGGCGAAGAACCUGCGAAGACGGCGGAGACGCAGACGAGGAAGAAACAAGGAACGGCUAACAAGGACUUUGGAGUCUUGCUUGCCCGCAGGAAAGAUGUCGUCGGUGACAUUGAGAAGGAUCUUUCCACGCAGCCCACCCCAUCGCGAGAGAAACUGGACGAUAUCGCGAGAGCUCCACCACCGCCUCCUCCUCGUCCUCCCCUUCCCCGUCCUCCUUCUCCUCCUCCUCCUCCAUUGGAGGAGGAACCAGAUGAUCUCGAAGUUCCAGAAGAGUGGCGAGCAACCGGUGUUUUGACCACACCCAUGCGCACGCCAGGAGGCAAACGGCCUCAACCCCGCGGUUUCGGGUCGUCUCCGCCAUUCCCAAAUCCAACAUUUCCACCUAUGAGAAGUGGCCGGCGUCACGAAGAACCGAAACGAUUAGAGGAUCCAGAGAAUGCAGGUGCUUUGGACCGCUUCAUCGUGAGAAUGCCGAGAUCGUCCGCGCAAAGGCCGAUACCGCGAGCCGGAUUCGGUAGUGAACCCGACGAAGAGGUGGAGCCUACCCCGACGAGGUGUGCUGUUCAGGCACCGGCGAGACCCCAGGGUGACCGCCCAGCAUUCAAUCCUCCGAACCGCAUUGCCCGGAUGCCCUCCGAGCUCGGAGUCGGAGAGGACGAAGCCGAUGAAGUGGAUCUGUAUGCCCCAGUGAGACGCCGUGCCCUCCACGCCUCUUUUGCGCCCACCGCCACUGUUACACCCGCCGGCUCUUUUUUGCCCGCCGGCUCUUUAAUGCCCGCCGGCUCUUUUACGCCCACCGCCUCUUCUACGCCCACUGCCCCUUUUACGUUCACUCCGCCGCCACCGUACUCACCACCUUCUCCGUCGGCCCCACCACCAUUGCGAGAGAAAAGAAAAUCCCCCCCAGAAGCGACUGCACCAGCACCAGAGCCAACCCGGCGGCGCACCCGUCGCAGCAAUAAAACGGAUACGAAUCCUCUCUUCCCCUACGACGAGAACGAGCAAACCCACAAGCUGAUCAAACGUCUCCCCGCCAUGACGCCCGGUUAUAUCAGCACCCUGUCAGCUCGCCGUGUACGCACACCGGCACCCGACACCAUGGAUAAGUUCGCGGAAACGGUCGUCCAGUGGCUACAGCGCCUCACAGGUGUGCGUGGGGACGACGGGCAGCAUCGCGCUUACAGUUAUCGGCAGACGACGGGCGAGGUCAGCGUUUUGACCUUCGAGUGACUGCUGGUGGACUUGUUUCUGCUGGUACUGCGAUUCGAAUGUUUAUGUGCGAGGGGGAAAUGGGGGUAGAGGUGAAGAAGAAGGGGGUGAAAGAAGAUUUUAGAAGUGGAGGGACAGAUGGAAGGGCGAAAAGGAAGAAGAUGGGGGGUUAACAAUUGUAUCUCGAUGCUCAUGCGAUCACUUACCUUCAGUCUCUUGGACUGUUGUUGGCGAGUCAGCCUAGGUAUCUAUCAUAGCUUCUAAUCACCUUACCAUACUUGCGAGCCUUUUCUGAAGAAUACUGAACUGUAUAUAUGUAAGUACAUAGUUAUAGAUUUGGGGGGUGCGUUGCUUUCGCGCGUGGGGAUGAUUCCAGCAUGGUUACAGACAAGAAACAACUUUGCCA